GCGGAGCCAGCAAGGGUGGUUGCGGCAGCGGAUGCUGGCCGGGCGGUGACCCUGAAGCCAGCACUCCCUCAGUUUCAGUUGCCUUUGCGCGUGGCCGCCUACCUCUUCAAGAAGGGUGCUCCCCCGGAGGAGGCGGCAGCUGGAAUCUUCCAUGCUGCAGCUACCGAGAUGCCAAACUUGGUUCGCAAAGUUAUGAUGGCCGAAACCGGUGACGCGGACGACGCGCAAGGGGUUGACAAUUCCGGAUGUGACGCUUCGAACCGAAAAGUACGAGAGCUCCGAGCCACGGCGGCCACCCAAGCAUACACCGUGACAGCUAUGUCCAGGAUGUCGCGCAGGUACGGCUGGUGCCCCGUCUGCCUCGAAGACCUCAUGGGUCUGGAGGACAUGCUCUUUCGCCGCGAGACUGUGGUGCUGAUUCCGUGCAGCCACCUCGUUCACGAGGACUGCUUGGAGAAGUUCAGCUGUACCCGAAGCCAUCGUGCCUGUCCUGAGUGCAGCCGCCCCGUGCAAGCGACAGUGUCCGUUUGA